AUGUCAAACUUAGAGCUACCAAGUCGAAGCAUAGCUGUUGUUGUAAUUGAGGCAAGCAUUUGCGUUGCUCUCAACAUUACGAGCCUUAUUGGAAAUAGUCUGGUUUGUGUGGCAGCCUACAGAAACCUUAACCUGCGAUCCACUACCAACCUGUACAUCAUUGCCUUAGCAGUCAGUGAUCUUUUAGUUGCAACCAUAGAAAUACCUCUGACUUCUUCAACGCUGAUCGUUGGAAAAUGGGACUUUGGCGACGCUUUAUGCCAAAUUCAAGGCUUUGUUGCUGAAUUCGCCUAUUACGUGACCCCAGCAACCCUCGGUUUGACAGCGUUUAACCGUUACUUCAAAAUUGUGAAGACGAACCACUACAAUAAGAUUUUUUCACCCCGAAGAUCUAAGAUAUGGCUGAGUUGCUUGUGGCUUUCCCUUGCACUUUACCUGCUGAUUGUCCGAGUCACAAAUUGGAUCACAAUUAAUUUCGUUCAAAGCUUUGCAUUGUGCGCCUUUUCUUAUCCAAGCGAUGAAAGUCAAAUCGUUCAUUAUUGUAUCACUGUUGGAUUGCUUUUUGUUGCACCGCUGUGCAUCGGUACUUUUAGUUAUUAUAAGAUAUUUCUCAAAACCAACGAGCAUCAACAGAAUGUGGUCAGUUCGCUACAAAACAGAACUGACAAUGGUGCGUUAAACAACUCAGUGAAAGAAACCAAUCUUACUCGAAUGCUGUUCAUCGUGGCCGCGGGAUUUUUGUGUUCCUGGAUACCAAUGUGGGCAAUAGUCCUCUGGUUUCGUUUUUCCCCUGAAACCUGCCCAAGAAUUGCAGCUUUGGUUAAUAUUUUUAUCUUUUUUUUUAGUGCUUCAGUAAAUCCCAUUAUUUACGCUUUCACCAAUGGCGUGUUCCGGAAGGAAUUUCGAAAAUUACUCUGUUGCUGCCGUAAAAGGGUAAGAAUGGUGCCAAUCGGUAACUAAAAACGAUUGCGUGGAAUGGGAGGAACAUUGAGCGAAUUUUUAUGUCUCGUAGACUCGUGUCAGAGCAAUAUCAUCUUUUGAAAGCUGGAUAGAAUUUUUAUUUUAUUGUUUUUUUUUUCUUGUUGAUUUCGUGGUUUGGUCUCUUUUUUUUGUUUUGAAUUGCGUGUGUGGGUGUGUGUCUGCGUAAUUUUUGGGGUUUUAUUUGUUUACGUUAUAGAAUUACUAAACGCUUAAUGGUUAACUCAUAUGUAAACGUAGUAUUUUUAAAGUUGAUCACAAAUUCCUUACUGGCCUGUGUUGUGUAGCUUGUUUCAAGGCACUCACGAGCGACGUCAAGAAGGUUAUACAGGAAGGUUUGGAAAUAUUACGGAAAGUCCGAUCGGUUUCCUCCAAACGCACAUUUCUAGUCCCCAUACCUACUGUUAGUCAUAGUGGAGCCCUCAGAGCUUAGCCCCAUACUUAUGAAAUUGGGCCAGUAACCGAUCCCGCCGAGAACGUUUGUUACUGUACGACCGUGCAAGCAUCCAACCGUCUGCACAAGAUUCUACUUAUGGCAUGCUUAAACAGCUACUCUUGUUUAGCUUACGACUCAGCAUAACGCGCGCGCUGAAUUUACACAGGGCGGCAAUAACAGUUACUUUAAACCGAGAUUGGUCGGAAUAAGGUUAUUCUUAGAAUGCCUCACUAGCUGCAUUGUGGGCUUAUUGAAACCACCACGUUCCCCUUAAUUCAGCAAAUGACUCGUGAUUCUGGCUUAAAGUUGAUCAACCAGCUAGUCCCAUUGCAAUUUUCUGUAUUCUUUCGCAUAUUUUUGCUUAGCAUACAGAGAAACGUAUCACAGUUAGUAUUAAUUUAAGUUUUUCAUUGUAAUUUCAACUGCCUAUCAAAUAUUGUAGAUGACAGCAUGAAUGCAUCGAAGGAGCAAUAGCUAGAAACAAUACAGGCUAAUUAAAAAGUUAUAUUCCUAAUAAAUAGUGCCGAUGAAAAGUCGUAAACCCGCAAAAUUCGCAGUAAUUUUCUGAGAUUCAUUGUCGGAAAUUACGCAGCAUCUCAAAUACACUCCAACAAUGUAAAAAAUUUUUUUCCCUUGAAAUCCUUAUCAGACUUACAGAUGUUAGGGUCUUGAAUGCUUUCAGGCUUUUUUCCCACCGUUGAGUGAAUUGCAAAUGUCACUACGGGGAAGUUCAAAAUGGAAAAAAAAAAAGUUCCUGGUUCAUCAGCUGGUCUUAAAAAUUAACAAAAGCAUGGUAGGCGUUUACUUAGCAGAAAUCAUAAUUUAAAAUGAAUUUUGGUAUGUUAAAUAAUUGGAAGUCACAAUCUUUAAUUCAUUGAUGAAAAGUAUUUCAAGUUUGAAGGCGGAAUUAAAUAACUUGCACGCACUCGAAGUCGGCAGAUCUCGGGCAGCGCCUGAUGUCCAUUUGUUUUUUUUUCUUUCGUUUUCUUGUCUCAUUGAAUUAAAAUUCAGUACAGAAUUCACAGUUACGAACUCAAAUUAAAUGAAAUUGCGAAGCUUUUUUGAUUGCAGUCACCGUGGGGCUUUUGUCCUCGUGUAAAUAGACUUUUAGAAAAUUCUUAAAAGAUCAAAUACUCUUUAAAUAAUUCAGUUCCUUGAUUUGAAAUGUUUGGGAUAUUUCUUUUCCUUGUCCCCAUUUUUGUAAAGCCCUUUCACCUAUAAAUUAAAACCCAUGGCGAGACGGAUAUAUAAGCUCGGCUGCACGUCAGAUAUUUUGUUGAUCAUCGACUUGAGAUGAUAAUUUUUUCUUCAAGUCUUGAAACAAUGGGAAACUGGAAGCGGAUGCAGCUUUUUUUCCUUCAGUGAGGUGAAACUCCAAAAAAAUUCCACCUAUCACUCAAUUGCUUUCGUCAUUUUAAUUUUCGAUUCCUUUUUUAAUAGUAACGACGUAUAAGACAUACGCCUGGAAAAAGUUGAACGAAACGUUGGUGGAUUCGAAUUCAUGCACGAUUCAUGAACAAAAGAAUGAACGGCACCUCAAUGAGGGAAUAAACUUUAGUCGAGUGUUGUUGUUCGUAGCUGCUGGGAUUCUGUGUUGUUGGAUACCAAGGCAGGCACUCAUCCUUUGGACUCACUUUUCCCGGAAACCUGUCUAUG